UUGUCUCCAAGUAGUCAGCAAUUCCUCAUAGUCGAACGAGAAGCCGACAAUCAUUCGCCAACUAUUAAUACGAAGAUUUGGUUUUCCUCCAUUGUAAUUCUCUUCGUCCAGAAUACCACAGCUCUGAGGAAAGAAUUCAUGAAACACAAAAAGUACAAGCCUCCCGAUUAUACAUAUGAUGCUUGUAAGAAACAUGAAGAAAAAAACAGGCACGUAUAUGAUGACGUUAUUUGUAUCGAUGCUACUCGAGUUAUACUCAAAGACAGACCUCCUGAAGAUGACUACAUUCAUGCGAACUGGAUGAUCAUGCCGGAUAAUCAGAAAUACAUAUGCACACAGGGUCCAAUCCAGGAGACCUUGGAAGAUUUUUGGCAUAUGAGCUUCACAGAGAAAGGAACUGUCAUUGUUAUGUUAUGCGCCUUCAAGGAAGGAAAAAACGAAAAAUGUGCUUUGUAUCACCCGAAAACGAAGAAUGAGUGCGGAAAGUUUGGACCGUACAGAGUCUACCUGAAGGAAACCAGACCAAACAUCUCGGUUUCAGUCAAGCAUAUAGUGUUGUGCCAUGCGACUUCACGCGCCUUAACUAGUUUUGUUGAGUACUCUCUGGAUGUUCAUCAUCUAUCAUGUACGGAAUGGCCUGAUCAUACGGCUCCUUUUGAUGCUGGUCCCAUAGUGCACAUGAUGAAAAUGGCUCGGCUACUAGCCAAAGGAAAUCCGAUUAUUGUUCAUUGUUCAGCGGGAAUAGGGCGCUCAGCUACAUUUAUUGGUAUUGACUAUGCAAUGCAGAAAAUUAAAGAGGAUUCUAAUACUAGUAUGGUGGAAGUAAUGAAAGAUCUUCGUAAUCAACGUUUUCAAAGUAUCCAAGGCAUUAUCCAAUAUAUAUUUUUGCAUAUUUGUGUACUCGAAGCAUUUGCAGAUGAAGGAAUUAUAGAACGUAAAGGAAAAUAUAAGAAAUACAUGGCCGACUACAACCUAGCAGCAAAAAUGAAACAGCAAGAAGAAAAGAAAUGA